AUGAGCGUUGUAGCGAAUUUCUACUUCGGCGCUCGCAUUCACGCUCCGAAGGUCUCGAUGUUGCUGCGGAUACUCAACUGCUUCUUAGCCUCCUCCCUAGGAGCCUCGGGUCAGAUCACGCUGUCCACGCCGCGGACGACCGUUCCUCCGAGCUUAUCGCUGUCUGCGCUGACUGCGGUCACCGGUCCUCCCGUGACGCUCCCGAAACCCAAAGCCGAAAAUUCUCCUCCUCCGCAGCUUGCACCUAUGACUCCCGAUGUCACGAGCUCAUUCAACUCAACUUUCUUCAUCGAGGACUUGUUGCAUCAGUUGCGGGAAGAGUUGCAAGCCAACGCAACAAUAAACACGAUCCUGACCCCAUUCGAGAUAGAGGCAUCCGACGAUGAUGUCGCCGACACCAAUCUGAGUGCGACCGUGUUCCGAGGCUACUUCACCGGUUUCGACAGCCCAGUCCGAAAAGACCGCUGUUCCCACAAGGUCGUGGACAACAAUGUGACGUUGCAGUGUUUGAUAACUUUCCUCAACUUGAAGUCAAUAGCGUAUGCCACUGUGAAGGGAGAAGAACGGGCUCUAGUGAUCGUGACAACAUCCGUUGAAGACGUCAUCUUCCUGAUGGAAUUAGAAGGUCCACUGGAUCGUAUGAUGAGACUGUAUCAAUUCAAAUCAGUGCUCGACCCUACCGUCAAAUCACAAAUCGUCGAAGGAUCCGUUCGAGCGAAAUGGUUGAAUGAAUUCAAGUCUCAGGUUGGUCAAAACAUUGGUAUACAGCUGAUGAGAAUCCUCUACCGCGAUUUCCGGCAGGUCAUCAAUAUCGUUCUCUCCCGAAUGAGUCCGCAAAAACCUGAAAAAGCUGGAUAGUUGAAUAAAUAUUGU